AUGGUCACAAACGCGUCAAAUGUCCUUCCAGGACAGGUCCGCCAGAGGUUCGAUCACGACGUUCCCUACGACGAGUUCGCGAAUAUCCAUAUCCCAUUCAGCGCACUUCGAGAGAUGCUCGAGGACGCCGUCGCCAGCGCCGUGCAGAACCGCGAUGCCCCGUACACAGAGGGCGCGACAGACGAGCAGGUGCUGGCGUAG